CACACGACAGGACUGCCAGCAUUUUUGUCAAAAACAUUUGACCGCAGCAUAGUACUCAGGUGAUGGCUUGGUAGAGGAGACAGAGUUACUCAGAACCAGUCCCAGACCGUAAUGGUUAGUAUUAGGAUGAGCUGAAUGAACGUGGUCUGAGCUACAGGACCAGAGGAGGACAUAGGGCCCUUGAAGAGAAACCCCAGGAGUAACAAGGCUGUGGAGACAGUCACACAGCCCUGCUAUGGGUGCUCAACAAGAUAAAAUGUACUGCACCAGGUACCUGGAUGGACAGGGACCCCCAGCACUGAUAGACCAAGCUAAUGGGGACGUGAAGGGGAGCUAUGCUGAGGUGUCCGAGGGCAGCCAGCCAGAGGGGCAGAUGACAUGGGUCAUUCUACACAGAGACCUCCCUGGAUACCCAGGGGACAACACCAUACAGAUCAAUUAUGUUUUUGCAGAUGGAAUACAAACAGACAAGCAUCCCAAUCCAGGGCAGACGUUUUUGGGAAUGAGGACAUUGGCGUAUUUGCCCGACAACCGCGAUGGAAGGAGGAUCCUGAGGCUAUUGGAUAAGGCCUUCUACCAGAGACUGGUCUUUACUGUAGCAACCAAUGAGAAUGGAGAGAAUAUGGUCACAUGGGCAGAUAUACCCCAUAAAACAACCCCUGAGGCAGGAAAAGACAGUGACAGCUAUCCAGACCCAGACUACCUGAAGACAGUGAGGAAAAUACUGAAAGACAAAGGCAUCGAAUGAGAGGCGACUAUGAACCAGUCAGCAUCAGUUAUCAACACUGUCAACAUCAACAGUAAUGUCUGAAAGGUGAUGAAUGCUUUGUCGUAGCCUACAGGUCCUGGUGUACAAUAAGACCUCUACAGCAGGUUUACAUACAAGUUUAUUAGCUGCUAUAAUGUAUCGUGUGGGUUUUGUUUCUUGAAAGCUUUGAUCAUAUAUUUGUAUUUUAGAUUACAGUGUCCUUACGUGCAAUGUACAAUAAACAGCUGUUUGCUGUACACUCCC